ACUGAUAUUUUCCAAACCCUCGAUAUUUUAGUUUCGUCACUAUAAAUUGUAAAACGACUACAGUCAAAACUUGCAUUCCCAGCCAACCAACACGAAUCAGGUGCUUCAACUUCAAAACGACACCGCAGAGAGUUGUCUUCCACUUCAAACUCAUCAUACUCUUUCUGCAACCGAAAAAACUCAAUUCUGCAAGCAAAUCGUGAUCCCCAUCAUGAAUCGCAGCGUACAGCAUCCAUCACCAGAAAUGGGGCAGUCGGUGUCAGCCGUGGAGCAAAUCCUGGGCUACAAUUUCACGGACAAGAGGCUUCUAGAAGAAGCUCUGACCCACCCCUCAUACACCGAAUCGGCGUCGUAUCAGCGCCUGGAGUUCAUCGGCGAUGCCGCUGUCAGCCUCGCGCUCAGCAACUACUUCUUCCUCUCUAAUCCUGGGGUCGACCCUGGCACCCUCUCUCUGCUACGCUCCGCCAACGUCAGCACCGAGAAGCUCGCACGUGUGGCCGUGCGCCACGGCCUUUAUCACCACCUUCGCCACAAUGCACCUGCUCUCCUAAAUAAGGUUAGGGAGUUUACUGAAGCUGUCAAUGGAGAAGAUGAGACACCGCUUGUAUAUGGUGGCUCUGUAAAAGCCCCUAAGAUUCUUGCAGAUAUUGUGGAGUCUGUGGCAGCUGCUAUUUAUGUUGACUUGAAUUUUGAUCUGGAGAAACUGUGGAUGAUAUUCAGGGGUUUGUUGGAGCCUAUAGUUACUCUAGAAGACUUGCAAGGUCAACCGCAACCGGUGACAAUGUUGUUUGAGCUUUGCCAGAAGCAUGGGAAGCAUGUUGAUAUCAAACAUUGGAGAGAUGAGAGGAAGAGUAUUGCUAGUGUGUAUGUUGAUGGAGAAUUUGUUGCUUCGGGUUCUUCUGAACAUAAGGAAUUUGCCAAGCUUGAUGCUGCUAAGGUAGCUGUUGAUAAGUUAUCGCCAUCAAUGGGUGUAAAUGAUGAGUCGUUUGAAGGUGUUGUCUUAAUGGAUGGGUCAUUUCAUAUUGAAGAAGCAAAACAGAAGUUGCAUGAGAUUUGUGACCAGAAGAAGUGGCCUAGACCAAUUUACCACAUUGAGAAAGAUGAAGGUCCUUCACAUGAGAAGAGAUUUAUGUCCUCAGUUAAAAUUUCAACUAUAGAUGGGGUGCUAUACAUGAAGGGAGAUGAAAAGUCGAGAGUAAGAGAUGCAGACAAUUCUGCAGCUUCCUUGAUGAUCCGGGCUUUACAAGAAUAUCGUUAUAUAUGACGCAACGCUCUACCUACUGCAUUUGAAGGCAUAGGUUGGAUGGAAAUUUACAUAUUUAAACUUCAGAGAAAGCAAGAAUUGCCAUGGACUUUAGGAAAUUGCUGUGUUUCAAUGCCUCAUGGAUGCUAAGGCUUGUAAAUUUCAGAUGGUACAAAGCUCACCUUCAAUGUAAAAAGCUUUUAACGUUUGGUUUGGCAGACGCACUUAAUUUUAAAUUUA